CACCUGGAGCGAUAACCCGUGACGAUCCCCUUGCCAAAUGACGCAGCCGGGCUGGCCAACCAUUGGCUGCGACCUGGCAGGUCGCUCCGCAACCAGCGCCGCCCGGCUCCAAGUCACCCGCAUCACUCUUCCCUACCCCCAGACCUCCUCUUUUCCCUUGCUAUCCUCCAUCUCUUCUUCAUCGUUCUUUGUCUCUAUCAUCAUUUUCUAUUCAUACGUGCAUCCUUCAGUCGUUUGGCCCAGUCCAUCAUAUCCCGCUGGGUAGCCGUUUCCGCCGUCGCCCAUCAUGAAGUCAGCCUCCUUGCUCACAGCAUCCGUGCUGUUGGGCUGUGCCUCCGCCGAGGUUCACAAGCUCAAGCUUAACAAGGUGCCUCUGGAAGAGCAGCUUGUGAGUGC